AAGUGUGGCACGGUCGAACGUGUCAUCACACACGUGUAGGUAAAGCCGUGAGAGCUUGUCACUCCAGCCAGCGGACUGCAGCAAGCAGCUUGUCCCGCGACAUGCCACCGACGAAGGGCUCGAUGGGGCUGCGGCUCGUCCUGCGGACAUUCACGAGAGGACAUCACUCAGUUGGCAUAGUCGGAGCGCCUUUUUGGAAAGGACAGCCGAGAGCCGGAGUGGAAGAGGGACCAGAUCUCAUUCGAGCCGCCGGAUUGGUUGAGAAACUUAAAGGGCAAGGGUGCACAGUGAAGGAUUAUGGGAAUGUUUCCUUUGAGGAGGUGGCCAGUGACGAGCCCAUCGGUGGGGCCAAGCGACCGCUGGCCGUGGGACGAGCCAAUGAGCAGCUGUCGAACGCGGUCAGCAGGGUGAAAAGGGACGGACACACCUCUGUGAUGCUGGGAGGAGACCACAGCCUGGCGAUCGGCUCCAUCCAUGGCCAUGCGUCGUGUCGUGGUGAGCUGAGUGUGGUCUGGGUGGACGCUCACGCUGAUAUCAACACUCCCCUGACCAGCACCACUGGCAACAUCCACGGCCAGCCCAUGUCCUACCUCAUCCACGAACUGCACUCAAAGAUCCCAGCCAUUCCGAGCUUCUCCUGGCUCAAGCCGUGCGUCCGCGCCAAAGACCUCGUCUACAUCGGCCUGAGAGACGUGGACCCUGGAGAGCAUUACAUCCUGAAGGACCUCAACAUCAAGAUGUUCUCCAUGACCGAACUGGAUCGGUUGGGAAUUGCCAAGGUCAUGGAGCAGACGUGCGAUCACCUCUUCUCUAAGGGGAAGAAGCCCAUUCACCUGAGCUACGAUAUCGAUGCACUGGACCCCUCCAUCUCGCCCGCCACGGGCACACCUGUGAAGGGAGGACUGACCUACAGAGAGGGCAUUUACAUCACCGAGCUCAUAUGCCAGACAGGCCUGUUGUCCGCGGUGGAUAUGGUGGAAGUAAACCCCAAGCGCGGUCGCUCAGAAGCCGAGAUCAACUCCACGGUCAGCUCGGCGGUGGACCUAGUUCUGGGCUGCUUCGGACGUCGCCGAGAGGGCUCGCACCCCUCAGAUUACAUCAUGCCCAUGCCAUGACACAGAUACCCCACCACUCAACCUGUUUUUUAAACUCUGUGCUGAAUGCUGAACUUUCUAGAGGGAAGUUUUAUUUCAUGUCAUUUUCUAGGAUGAUGCUGUUUCCCUCCUACUGUAUGAGUAAAUGAAAAAGUGAGAGUGUGAUUUCAAA